CGAGCUGCUGCUUCAUCCCGGCGACGAAGCUCAAGCUCGAUCGCAUCCAUCCACCGCGUUGCCCCAAAGCCAAGUUGACUUUGCCAGCGCCAAAACAACAUACGCCAAUUUCAGCCAAACCAGCCACAGUCCCAGUCGGUAUCACCUCCUGUACCCGCCAAACAGGAAAAUGGGCAAAAAGAAACGCGGACACCCCGACAUCGAGGAGCUGCUUGCGCGGCCCUGGUGCUACUACUGCGAACGCGACUUCGAAGACCUGAAGCUCCUCAUCUCCCAUCAGAAGGCGAAACACUUCAAGUGCGAACGAUGCGGCAAGCGGUUGAACACGGCCGGAGGUCUCUCCGUGCACAUGAACCAAGUCCACAAAGAAACCCUCACGAGCGUCGAGAAUGCGCUCCCCAACCGGCAAGGUCUCGACGUCGAGAUCUUCGGCAUGGAGGGCGUACCCGAGGACAUCGUCCAACAGCAUAACCAGCGCAUCAUUCAGAACUUCUACACGGCGCAAGCGGAGAGGCAAGCCGCGACAGGAAACCCGCCGCGCGGGCAAUCAGGAGGCCAGGGUCCCGCCAAGAAGAUCAAGUACGAGACACCCGAGGAGAUCAAGAAGCGGCUCGCCGAGCACCGUGCCAGGGUGGCAGCCCAAAAGGCAGCUGCCGCGAACGGUGUUGCGCCUCCCGCCGCGCCCGUUGAUGGCCAGAGCCCGGCACAGGGCGCAUCUCCUUUCCCGCCUCCACAACCCGGGUAUCCCUACCCGGUCCCGGGUGCCCCCGGCGCCCCCGGCAUGCCGCCCUACGCCGCGACACAACCCUACGCGCCGCCGACGGCGGCUGCCUAUCCACCAGGUCCCUCCCCGCCCCCAGGCACGACAACAGCACCAUUCCCCCUGCCUGCUCGGCCGCCGAGCGGCGCCGCCGCGGCACCCGGCGUCCCGCCGCCGUACUUCUACAACGGCGCCGGCGCGCCGCCUCCGGGCUACCCCGCUGCGGGCGCCUCGACGGUGGAUGAGCUGGUGGCGAACGCGGCUAGGCAGGGCGGGGGCCCCGGCGGCGUCGGCGGCGAUGAUAUCGACCAGCUGAUAAGGAUGGCUGAGGCGGGAAUCAAGCCGCCGCCGCCGGCCGGGGCCAAGGCUGUGGCGGAAGAAGGGGCCGCGGCCGCCGCGGCGGGCGGGGAGCGGAAGAAGAAGGAGAUGCGGAUGGUGUAUGCGGAUACCGAGGUCAGCCCGGAGGAGAAGAUGGCCAUGCUGCCGCGGUAUCGGUGGGUCGAGGAGGCUGCUGCUUGAGCAGUUGCGCUGCCUUGGUUGGGAGCUUGGCGGCGUGACUGCGCCUUCAUAUCGUCCCUGGCAAGCAUGAAAGACUCGUCCGAGGCUAUACCUCGUUGAAUCUGUACGAAAAUCUGAAGCAUGGUUCCGGCGGCGUGGGAGAU